CGGGAAUUCUCGGUUCCCUCUCCUCCCUAUACUGAAUGAUUUGGUCUUUGUUCCCCAACUAGAUCAAAGGGCGUAUACGGACAACGGGCCGGUCGGCUUUCGAAAUGCCCUCUUUCAGUUGCCGUCUCUGAAUGCAACUCUAAACACGAUCACCCGCCAAACCUUUCCCCCCGCAACCCCGUAGGAAGCCGCCUGCCAUGAUUUGAUACGAUCCCGAGGUCUACAUUGGUGACCCCCACAACUCUCCUCCUUGCCGUGAAUGAUGACAUCUUGAACAAACUGGGUGACCUCCUAUACGCUGCGUGUCCUUGGGUUUCACUAGCUGGCGGGGGGAUCCAUGUCGGCGCAUAUUCCACGUUGCGGUGGAGGAGAUUCGAAUUUCUGGACAUGCUCGCGGAAGAUUCCUGUCGCGGCACUCGUGAUUUGCUGUUUGCCUAAACCGGCGGAGGGCGGUAUUCGGCACGUGCCCGUGCGGUAUCACGGGUCGUAUCGUAUCCAGGACCACAGGAAAGGUAGGGUUAGACAGCAAAUAUUCGACUUCGAACAUGACUCCUGCCCUGCACAAACACACAUAGAACUGUCUAUCAUACAUCCAUGUCCGAGGGGAUACUGCAAGAAUGAUUCUAGGGCCAGCCAUGGUUUCUAUCCUCUUCUAUCGCCAUAUCUACCCGUUCCACCAACUGGGAAUGAAUUUCUACCGGCUUCCAACCAUGCUUUCCCAUCGACGGCCCACUCUCGUAACCGCUUCCUAUUCGGCCAUCCAGCGGAUCGUCCUUCCAUCCAGACAAGCUACGACGGGGGUCUGAAGUACUAGUAAUUCGUAUAGGUGGGCAACCCUAUCAUGUUCUCUAUAUAAAUCGUACGGUAGCUCCUGAAGUUC